UCCAAUGACGCACCUUAGCUGGGGAUCUUUCUGAUUAGAGACUUUGACACAGUAUAAGGUUCUCACAGAGAGCAGAGCUGACACUGUUGCCAGAGCAGAGACAGAGCUGUGUGUGUGUGUGUGUGUGUGUGUGUGUGUGUGUUGAGCAUGAAGAUGAAGACUCUUGGAGCUGUGCUGCUGUUGCUGUGGUCUGAGCUGGUUGUGGUUGCAGCAGAGAGCGGACACACAAAUCUCCAAGAUGAAGCUGCAGACACAGCCUUUACCCAACAAAGCUGCCAGCCGGACAUCCACACUGUGCUGAGAGAGAUGAGCGCUCUGGUGGCGGAGCAGAGAGUGGAGCUCAGAUACACUAAGACACAGGUGGAGGCUUUGGAGAAGAAAGCAGAGACUAUGGAGACCAGAAUGAGAGCCAGUGAGAAUAAAGUAGAGACUAUGGAGACCAGAAUGAGAGACAGUGAGAGUCUGGUGGAACAACUAAAGAGUGAAAAUGCAGCUCAUGCAAUGAAUCUGAGCCUCACUGUGAGUGAAGUGGCUGCUCUGAAGAGGGAGAGAGAGCAGAGGAGGGUGUCUUUCUCUGCAUCACUGCUGACAUCUGGUGAUGGACAUACAGGACCCUUUUCAGCUGCAACACCCCUGGUCUACAGACACGUCUUCACUAACGUUGGAGAUGGCUACAAUCCAAACACAGGGAUCUUUACAGCUCCAGUAAGGGGGGUCUACCACUUUGUUGUGUUUCUUCAUGGAGCAGGAUCAUCAACACCUACAGGACUCUCUCUUCAUAAAAAUGGAGAGCAUGUUGCUGUUGCUUACAGUCAUCAAACAAGCGGCAGUAUAACUCCCUCAAACGGAGCCUCUCUGCUGCUGGAGGUGGGAGAUGUGGUCUAUGUGAAGCUGUGGCCCAAUUCAUGGGUGUUUGAUAGUCAGAACCGACACACCACCUUCUCUGGCCACCUGCUCUUCCCGAUGUGAGGAUGACUGUUUAAAACUUGACAAACAGUUUGUGUUUUCUGUGUGAGAUUUUUGAUGUACAAACACUAAAAAAUGAACAAGAAUGGUGUAUAAGGAUACACAGCACCUGAACACCCCAAAUAAACACACAUGUACAACGAUUUCCAUAAAGAACACAUUCUGGCCGCUAUAGUUAUCACUACACUGCAGCAUCACUAUUCACUCUUAUUCUGGAUGCAAAUGAAUAGAGAAAUGACACUACGGUAAUUUCCUGUGUAUUAGCCGCAUUGUGUAAAAGCCUCAGGACAGUGUUUUAUGCAAGUUAAAAGAAACAAAACCAUAUUAAUACCAUAUCGACUGCCCACGUGUAUUAACCUC